GAGUGGCGGAUAGGAGACGAUCGAAGUUGCAAACCAAUUAAGGUACCUGGCCGGGUAGGUCUUGGAAAGAGGCUCUGGAGGUUUGUCGGUAGCAAGGUAGUCCAGGUCGAGAUCGAGGUGGGCGACGCCCCAGCCGAGCACAUCGGAGCGUUGAGGAUGGACAUGUUGAUACUACGACGACGGCGUCUUUUCCAGGGACGAGCCAAUAUUUACUCAGUGCUCCUUGCCAACUGACAGAGUUUGGAUUAACCGGCGAAAUGCAGGGGAGCAUAAGGAAAAUGGAGAGUUUGCAGAUCGCCGUUCUGCUCGCGAUUACGCUUGUUGCAGCCGUUAACGGACAGGGUAGGCAACAACGCAUUAUCAGUCAAGGGCUCGGUGGUUCCUACAUAUCCAAUUACCUACCAAGAUAUAUUUCUGGUUGCGAUACUCACACUUGUGGCACUAAUGCAAAAUGUACGAUCAGCGAAGGUCGUCCAGUUUGUUCUUGCCUCAAUCUUCACAUGGGAGAUCCUCUCGUCAGAUGCAUUCGCGUUGAAUGCUUAGUGAAUUCAGAUUGCCCAACGAACAGAGCUUGCUUGAACAAUAAAUGCAUUGAUCCAUGCCCCGGCUUUUGCGGUCUCAACGCACAGUGUGAUACGAUCAAUAAUGAGCCCACCUGUUCUUGCCCCCGAGCAUAUACCGGAGAUGCUUAUACAGCAUGCCGGAUCGCUGAUCCUCAGGCUGCGUGCAAACCAAGUCCAUGCGGACCGAAUACCAAAUGCGAAGUGAUCAACGAGGUGCCCAGGUGCACUUGUUUACCUGGAUAUCACGGAUCCGCCUUGACGGGUUGUCGCCACGAGUGCGAGACUGAUGCGGAAUGCCCAAAUAAUUUAGCAUGCUCGACUUCGUAUCGGUGUGAAAGUCCGUGCAAGUGUGGUGAGAACGCUAAUUGCGAAGUAAUCAAUCAUCGUCCAAGAUGCAGCUGCCCCACAAAUUGGCUUGGAAGCCCCUACGUUUCAUGUCGUCCAGAAUGCACCUACCAUUCGGACUGCCCGCGUAGUAAACCAGCCUGCCUUUACCAGCAAUGUAAGAAUCCUUGUGAAGGAGUUUGCGGUGUUAAUGCCAAUUGUGAACUUCGUGACAUAACGCCAAUUUGUAGCUGUCCAAAAGAUAUGACUGGUGAUCCAUUCGUCAGCUGCAGACCAUUUGAGCCUAUUGAUUUGUGCAAACCAAAUCCUUGCGGAGCAAAUGCUGUCUGUACUCCCGGUAGCGAUAAUACUGGUAGAGAAAGGCCAGUGUGUACGUGUCCACCGGGAUACAUCGGAAACGCAUUGAUAAGCUGUCAGCGCGGCGAGUGUCAAUCCGACAACGAAUGUCCCGAUAAUCGAGCCUGCAUAGAUUUCAAUUGCCAGAAUCCGUGCACAGGAAGACAGUGCGGACCUAGUGCUACCUGCAGUCCUAGACGUCACAUUGCAGUAUGUACGUGUCCAGAUGGAACUCGUGGAGAUGCACUCGUCACUUGUAAUCCAUAUGAUGCCAGAUCUGUGUUUAGUUAUGCCAGAGCCAAUAGAUAUUACCGAUAUUGAUGACUGUCUCGAAAAUGUCAUUUAACACUUCAAUAGUGUAAAAGGUAAGACUUUGGAGAUUGUGGUAGUCAUUAAUGUAAUGAAGAUAAACAUGUAUCGCAAGAUAAUAAACACUUUUCAAGAAUGUA